ACUUUGCAGGGCACAACGGUAAUUUCAAAUGAAGCGGCCAUGUUGACUCUGAGAACUGUGCGUCUUCAGGUUCCAGCAAGAGGGAAGACACAACAACAACACACUGUCACUUUUGCAUUUUGACUCUCAACUCGCUCAACAGUGAUCACGCAAUCCCUUUCAAUCUUCUCGCUGCAGAAAUCUGGUAGUUGGCAAAACUCAUGUUUUGAAUUUCUGGGCUGCAGUGAUAAUGGAAGCAGGCGGAAAUCUUUCAGUUCCCCCUGGUUAUGUAUCCCUGACAUCUUUUAUUUUGAAAAGGGGCGAAAAGGUUAAGAAAAUUGAUGGAGCUGCAACCUUUCCAACUCCAUCUGAACAAGAGCCAACUAAAGCUGAUAUGAAUGACGUUGAUGCAUAUAACCAAAUUAAUAGACAUCGACCAUGGAUAUUGUUGGACCAAAGCAACCACAAACCUGAGGAAUCUCACACAGAACAUCUUACUAAGGAUCUCCCUUCGAAUACUUGUCGACCAAAGGGGACUGUACGUGGAUGUCCAAAAUGCAGUAAUUGUCUGAAGGUAACAGCAAGGUGGCAUCCUGAGGAUGCCAGAAGAGAAGUUCUGGAAGAAGCUCCUACUUUCCACCCAACAGAAGAGGAAUUCACGGACACACUUAAAUAUAUUGCAAGCAUAUGUUCGACAGCAGAGCCAUAUGGAAUUUGUCGUAUUGUCCCCCCUACUUCAUGGAAACCACCGUGUUUCCUUGAGAAAAAACACACAUGGGAAAACUCUGAAUUUGUUCCUCAGAUUCAGCGAAUUGAUGGGCACCUAAUUCCUCAUACCCCAGAACCCUCUGAUCAUAGUACAAAAACCAAGAGAAGAAAAGGUGUGGAAGUAGCCAUGGACUCUCAGCUAAGUAAUAGAAGCACUUGCACCACAAGUAACCUGAGUGUUGAAUCUGACCAUAAUUCUGAACCUGCUCCUAAAUUUACUCUCAAAACAUUUAAGAAAUUUGCCGAUGAAUUCAAGAUCCAGUACUUCAAUUACAAGGAUGAGAAUAAGAUUAAAGGUUCUGAUACAAGUUCAGCCAUACAUCAACACAAGUGGGAGCCAUCUAUUGAGAAUAUUGAGGGUGAAUAUGGACGGAUUGGUCAAAAUCCAACCGAAGAAAUUGAGGUGCUCUGUAGUAACACUAUGGAAGCUGGAAAUUUUAGCAGUGGAUUUCCAUCAGCUUCUGAUCUUCCGCAGGCAUACACUUAUCCUGAAUAUUUGAAAUCUGGAUGGAACUUAAAUAAUAUGCAUUCCCUCUCUGGCUCUCUUCUUUCUUUAGAAAGCUCUGAAGCUUCACGUAACUUUGUCCCUCGGGUUCAUGUCGGAAUGUGCUUUUCUCCACUCAACUGGAAAGUGGAAGAACACCAAUUAUACUCAUUAUGUUACAUGCAUUUGGGUGAACCUAAAGUGUGGUAUAGCGUCCCAGGAAGAUUUUCUGUUAACUUUGAAACGCUUUGGAAGAAGUAUCUUCCAGAUAAGCAUUCCGGACAGCCCCAUAAGCAUGAUAAUCUGGUUAUGCAAUUAUCCUGCUCCAUAUUGAAAGCAGAGGGUAUACCUGUAUAUCGUUGUGUACAGUAUCCUCGAGAGUUUGUUCUUGUCUUCUCUGGAGCAUAUCAUUCAGGAUUUGACUGCGGUUUCAACUGUUCUGAAGCCGUAAGCUUUGCUCCUCUUGAGUGGCUGAUUCAUGGACAGAAUGUUGUAGAGCUAUAUGGUGAACAGAGGAGAAAAACAUUAAUUUCAUACGAUAAACUCUUGCUCGGAGCAGCAAGGGAAGCUGUGAGGGCCCGAUGGCAAACUGACCUGUGUAGGACGGGCACGCCAGACAACUUAACAUGUAAAGAUGCUUAUCGAAGAAAUGGGAUAUUAGCAAAAGCUUUAAAUUGUCGCGUCAGGAGGGAAAGUUUGAAGAGGCAAUUUCUCUGCACUUCUUUGCUAUCACAAAGAAUGGAUAAGAACUUUGGUGCAACUUGUAAAAGGGAAUGCAGUAUCUGUCUGCGUGAUUUACACUUAUCUGCAGUAGGUUGUGCAUGUUCGAAUGACAAGUUUGCGUGUCUUGAUCACGCAAAACAGCUUUGUUCUUGCACUUGGAGCAGCAGAAUUCUCCUCUACCGUUAUGAUGUCAAUGAAUUGAAUGUUCUCUGUCAAGCUGUGGAUGGAAAAUUAAGUGCAGUCUAUAAAUGGGCCAAAGAGGAUCUUGGAUUAACUGUUCACUCAAUUGCCUCCAAGAGAUCAAAACAAACCCCAGAAAAUGUAAAUGGUUCAACACAGCCUUCAGAAGGCUUGAGGAAAGAACCUACGCCCCCCACAGUACUGGAUGCAAAUUCAAAGUGGAAACAACUUAAAUUGGAUGAAAUAUCAAAUAGAUCAGAAAGGAAACAAAAUGUAGGGGCCUCCCAAAUCACUGGGACUUCUAAUGGAACUUACAUUAGUUCUUAUGGCAUUCAUUCAAAAAUGAAUACACCUUUACUUCAUUCAACAACAUCCCAUGAGAUGAAAGCAGAAGAGGAAACAGCGGGGCACCAAUCUGCUGCAACAAACAUUAGCGAAGGAACUAGUUCUGCUGGAAUCGAAACUGAUAUGAAGCCACUUGACCGCAAGUUUACAAUGUCAAAGAAAGUAGGAGACCCAAAAGUAUCUUCUACAGUUUCUUUAGGUUCAAACUCUCGUUACCUGUCUCUUCUUCGAGAACAAGGAAGCGUGGUUUUGGAACUUUCCUCUGAUAGUUCUUCAGAAUCCGAUGACUCAUAAGUAGCUGAUGACAUUUUCAUACUAGAAAUGAAUUUAGUAGAGUCCUCUGUAGGUUUACUAUGCACUACUGGAAAUAUGACAUUUUGGAGGAUACAUCCAUAAUGAAUUCCAGAUAAUAGUAGUUUAUGAUUUUCAA